AUGGCUACAUCAAAAGCAUGGCUACAUAUCGGACUCGCUGUCCGCAUGGCACAAACUUUGCGAAUGCGAAAUGAAUACAGUGGACGGCAUAUACCACGCAAACGCGAGAUCCGGAGACGAACAUUCUGGGCAUGCGUCAUUUUUGAUCGCCUUGUUGCGUACUGCACGUUCCGAACCCAAACCAUUGACUUGGCACUAGUCGGGCUACAUCUCCCCUGCAGUGAUAUCGCCUUUGCCUUUGGACACGACUCCCCAGGCCCAAAGAUGCAUGAGCUCGGAACCCGGCCUCAUCAAGAUGAUGGAAAGUCAACUCUUUCAUAUUUUGUCAAAACAUUCAUUCUCUGGUCCCCCAUUGCACAGGCGUAUGUCGACGGAGGUCGCCGAGUUUCGCCAUCCUCUCUUUACGAUCUUUCAAGUAGACACUGGCAGAACCUGGCAGUUAUCAAAAAUUGGCUGGAGUGCUUGCCGGAGGAUUUACAUUGGUCUGAAAAUAACUUGAGAGCACACCUGUCUCUUGGACAGCUGUCGCAUUUCACGAGCGUUCACCUCCUCAUUCAGCACGCCUUGUUCUUGGCACAUCAUGAGCAUCUUCCGCAGCUCGAAGAUUUACCUUCUGACAUUUCAAGUACUGCGCUAGCGUCCGAUGUAACCAAUCCAGACACAAUCACGACUUGUAUGACUGGCGCCAACUGCGUCAUUAAUAUGCUACAACUCAUCGAUGCCGUUGUUCCAGGUUUCAGAAGCACACCGCCAGGUAUUUGCAGUAUAAUACCAGUAGUGACCACCGCGAGUGUGUUGCUAUGGUUUCAAUAUGUGAGCCCGCUUGUGGAUAGCCUAGUGCAGUCCUCGCAAAGCGAUAUUCACCGGGCCAGAUCAGAUGUUGAUUAUUUACUGUCACUGUUAGACGGCUGGUCCAAAACUUGGGUUUUGGCAAAAGCGUUUGCAAGUUCGAUACGGCUUUUGGACGAUUUUUAUCAGUCAAAAUAUGGCCGUGCGAUACGUGACCCUACGGUAAUCGACAUAAAUACAACGCACUGUCAGUCAUUGAAAGAGCAAGGAAACGGUACGGAGUCAGUGGUAGCAUCUCCAACCCCGCUAUGUGAUGGCGACGGAUUCCCAGAAAUUACAGGCAUCCCCAGGGAACCUACUAUAAAGUUCGACUCAUUACUGGUUUAG